AUCAAUCCACCCCCUAACUUUCCAGAAAAUCAUUCGCCGCCUCUACUCUCAUGCCCAAUUAGGCAGUGGCAAAACCGUCCCUUGGAAAAUAUCUUGCCCUAGUUCGCCGUCAAACAAGCAAAUUCCAAACAAAAAGUAGCUGCGCGCGGUUUGUUCUCUCGCAUUUCUUUUCUUCUUCACUCUCUAAUCUCCCUCCAAAAGAGUUUCAGAUUUCGGAUUGGGGCUUCGAUUUUCUCUGCUCUUCCCGCGCUUUCUCGCCGAGAUCCGACUGCCCCGUGAGCUCGGAGCGAUUCGCCAUGGGAGUUCCGGCUUUCUACCGGUGGUUGGCGGAGAAGUAUCCGCUGGUGGUGGUCGAUGUGGUUGAAGAAGAGCCGGUCGUGAUCGAUGACGUCUCCAUUCCGGUCGACACCAGUAAACCUAACCCUAACGGCCUCGAAUUCGAUAAUCUCUAUCUCGACAUGAAUGGAAUCAUUCAUCCAUGUUUUCACCCCGAGGAUAGGCCCUCUCCGACAAGUUUUGAUGAGGUUUUUCAAUGCAUGUUUGAUUACAUUGACAGACUAUUUGUCAUGGUACGGCCUCGAAAGCUGCUGUACAUGGCUAUUGAUGGUGUUGCCCCAAGGGCAAAAAUGAAUCAACAACGGUCUAGACGUUUUAGAGCAGCAAAAGAUGCAGCAGAUGCGGCAGCCGAAGAGGAACGUCUGCGCGGGGAGUUUGAAAGGGAGGGCAGAAAGCUUCCUCCUAAACAAGAGUCACAAGUUUUUGAUUCCAAUGUUAUCACGCCUGGAACAGAAUUUAUGGCUGUAUUGUCUGUUGCAUUGCAGUACUACAUUCAUCUUAGAUUAAACAAUGACCCUGGAUGGAAAAAUAUUAAGGUUAUCCUUUCUGAUGCAAAUGUACCGGGUGAAGGGGAACAUAAGAUUAUGUCUUACAUUCGACUUCAAAGAAAUCUUCCUGGUUAUGAUCCAAAUACACGCCAUUGCCUGUAUGGUUUGGAUGCUGAUUUAAUUAUGUUGGGUUUGGCUACUCAUGAAAUUCAUUUUUCAAUACUGCGAGAGAUUGUUUUCACCCCUGGACAGCAAGACAAAUGCUUCCUAUGUGGGCAAAUGGGUCAUUUAGCAGCGGAUUGUGAAGGAAAGGCAAAGAGGAAGUCUGGGGAGUUUGAUGAGAAAGGUGAUAAUGUUGUUGUCAAGAAACCAUACCAGUUUCUCAAUAUUUGGACUCUCAGAGAGUAUUUGGAUUAUGAGAUGAGAAUUCCAAAUCCUCCAUUUGAGAUUGAUUUGGAGUGCAUUGUGGAUGAUUUUAUUUUUAUGUGUUUCUUUGUGGGAAAUGAUUUCUUACCACAUAUGCCCACACUAGAGAUUCGUGAGGGUGCAAUCAACUUGCUUUUGGCAGUAUACAAGAAAGAAUUUAGGGCAAUGGGUGGUUAUCUGACCGACUCGUGGAAGCCAAAUUUGGAUUGUGUGGAGCAUUUCAUUCAGGCAGUUGGAUCUUAUGAAGAUAAAAUAUUCCAGAAAAGGGCUCGAUUGCAUCAGCGCCAGGCAGAGAGAAUAAAGCGUGAAAAGGCACAAGCAAGGAGAGGAGAUGAUGCUGAGCCUCAAGUUCAACCAGAUCUUGUUCCAGUUUCUCAGUUUCGUGGUUCUCGUCUUGCUUCAGGUUCUUCUCCUUCGCCAUAUCAACAAUCAGGAUCUAGAAAUGAACAUCGAGUCGGACGUGCACACAAAGUUGCUCGUUCAUCCUCUGCUGCUACUGUUGGUGCUGCUAUUGUUGAAGCUGAGAACAGUCUUGAAGUGGAAGUUCAGGAAAAUAAGGAAGAAUUGAAAGCAAAGCUCAAGGAGAUAAUUCGUGGGAAGUCUGAUGUUUUUAACUCUAAAAAUGCCGAUGAUGACAAGGUUAAAUUGGGAGAACCGGGGUGGAAAGACAGAUAUUAUGAAGAAAAAUUUUCUGCAAAAACUCCUGAGGAACGUGAAGCAGUACGGAAGGAUGUUGUCCUGAGAUACACAGAAGGCCUAUGUUGGGUUAUGCACUACUAUUACGAAGGGGUUUGUUCCUGGCAGUGGUUUUACCCAUAUCACUAUGCACCAUUUGCUUCUGAUCUUAAGGAUCUUGUUCAGCUGGAUAUAAAGUUUGAGUUAGGCUCUCCCUUCAAACCGUUCAAUCAGCUCUUGGGAGUUUUCCCAGCUGCAAGUGCCCAUGCUCUUCCAGAGCCUUAUAGGAAGUUGAUGACAGAUGCAAACUCGCCUAUCAUUGAUUUUUAUCCAACUGAUUUUGAAGUAGAUAUGAACGGGAAAAGAUACUCUUGGCAGGGUAUUGCAAAGUUGCCUUUUAUUGAUGAACCUCGCCUUCUUGCGGUGGUUGCCGAAACUGAGCAUACAUUGACGGCAGAGGAAGUCCGGAGAAACAGCAUCAUGUGUGACAUGCUGUUUGUGGCAUCGUCUCAUCCUCUCUCUGUAUCUAUAUAUUCUCUUGACGAUCGUUGUAAGCAGUUGUCUAACAGUGAAAGAGCUGAAAUUAAGGAACGAAUUGAUCCGCAAAUCAGGGCUGCGUGCAGUGAUGGGAUGAAUGGAUAUCUAUCUCCAUGCGGUGGAGAACCUUGUCCACCUGUAUUUCGGUCCCCUGUUUCUGGAAUGGAAGAUAUUAUGGACAACCAAGUGAUAUGUGCUAUAUACAGGCUUCCGGAUGCACAUAAGCACAUAACCCGACCACUUGCAGGUGUUAAAUUUCCAAAGAAGAUUGUGACGUUGGGGGAUCUCAAAACUGAUCCUGUGUUGUGGCAUGAAGAUUCUGGGAGAAGGCAUUUCGAAAAUGGAAGGCAAAACCAUUCUAGAGAUCUUUCUGGCCGGCACCUUGGGGAAGCAGCGACUCGGCUGGUUGUUAAUAGCUUACAAGUGAAGGCUGACCGUAACGGGUACUGCAAUCCAAUGCAUGUUCACCCACCACCUUAUCCUGGAGCUCAGCAUACUCAGUUCCAGUCAUCUUACGGAAAUCAGAGGUUCCAUGACCAGGGACAUCAUAGAAUGCCGCCGCGUGGAACUUUUCACCCUCCUGAAGUUCAAUUUCAAUCAUCAAAUCAGAGUUACGGUGAUCGUGGAUACAACGAACGACACAAUUAUAGCGAUAGACAUGCUUCAUCAGCUCAUCGGCAUCCUCACAAUGGGUCUCAAUCUAACUACUAUGAUAGAAGUAAUCAAAUGCCUUCACAGCACUCCCAUUCAACGAAUUCUAGGCACCCACAAUACCAGUCAGGAAGUCAUCACAAUGUUGGACCCAUGUACCCUCGGGGACCCAUCGGACAAACUCCACUAGGGUAUGGUGCCGAUCCUUAUCAGAGUGGUUACAACCAGUAUCAGAGCUACCAGCCAUCAGGAGCCACUGGUCAUCAGUGGAGGGGUAGUGGCAGUGGCGGCAGCCCCGGCUGGCUUUCCCAGCCACAAGGCGGCCAAAAUGUCGAGAGGGGUUAUGGGCAUCCCCAUCAAGCGGGAAACCAAUAUUCUGCAUUAGACAGGAGAGCUAAUAGGAGGCCGCCCCCUCCCCAACCUGGGUAUGACUGCAACUAGAAUCGUCAAUCGUGUAGUUUUCAGAGGUUGUUAUGGUUUCCAAGAUAAUGAUGUUGUACUAUAUCCAUUCUUGUUGGUUAAUUUAAUUCUAUUUUUAGAUUCCUUUUUCUUGGAUUGGAGGUUGUUUAGUAAGACAUUCUCAUUGUUGGUUCCCUUGUCAUAUAGUAUAAGCUAUGACCAAAAUUUCCAUGAUAUCAGGGUAGGGGAUUAAGCAACUUUAGCGUCAGAGAAGCAAUUUCACAAGAUGAUUGAAA